CAUUUUUCUUCCAUCCAUGUGCCUGUCCAAAAGGCUCUUAAAUACCCCUAAUGUUUUAGUCUCCACCACCAUCCCUGGCAAGUCAUUCCAUGCAUCCACAACCUGUGUAAAAAACUUACCCCGAUUCAUCCCCUAAACUUCCCCCCUUAACUUUGUACAUAAGCCCUCUGCUGUUUGCUACUCGUGUCCUGGGAGACAGGUACUGGCUAUCCACCCUAUCUAUGCCUCGCAUAAUCUUGUAGACCUCUGUCAAGUCCCCUCUCAUUCUUCUACACUCCAAAUAGAAGAGUCACAGCUCUGCUAACUUUACCUCAUAAGACGAAGGGUCUCGGCCCAAAAUGCCGACUAUACUUCUUCCUAUAGGUGCUGCCUGGCCUGCUGAGUUCUACCAACAUUUUGUUUGAAAUACCUUGAUUUGCUUUCUACGGUAAAACUACAAUUCCCAUGAAUGCACUGCGCUUGACUCCAUUUUCAUAUGAUGCAAGUUGGACUCCAUUUCCCAUGAUGCCAUCGCCCCACCCUCCGUUUCGCGGCGUUCCGGGUGCCGUCCGUGGGGGUGACGGUUUGGUUUUGGUGCUCGGGGAUGGGUGAGGUGUUUGGAUCCUCCUUGCUCGAUCUAUGUGUGUGCACUCUGGUAAAAUCAUUUUCUAGGUAUGCUACUGAAGUGCAAAGUCUGCCACCAAAUCUGAAAGACAAAUUAAUUAAAAUAAUGAGCUUGCAGGGAAUUAUUACAGAUGAGAAUAUGAGUCAGGUGUUACACCCAGGCCUCCAGAAACUGGAUCUCCGUGACUGCAAUAUUACAGAUCAAGGGUUGCUCAUGCUUCAGAUUUGCACUCAGCUGAGGGAAAUUAAUUUGAGUUCCACUGAAUGCAAGCUCUCUAUAACCUCUGAAGGUUUAAAAGUUAUUGCUUCGUCCUGUCCCCACUUGUCAGAACUGUGCCUCAGAAGAUGCCAGAAUGUUUCAGAUGAAGGGAUUGUGGCCCUCGCACAACAAUGCAGAAUGCUACAGAUAAUCAACAUCAGUGGCUGCUUAGGAAUCACCGAUGCCAGCUUGCAAGCACUGGGGAAGAACUGCAGGUUUCUGCACAGUGUUGAUUUUUCAGCCACAAAGGUUUCUGAUGCUGGUGUUAUUGGGUUGGUGAAUGGAGUGUGUUCACAGAAUUUAAAAGAGAUUCAUAUGGAUCGUUGUGUGAACCUGACAGAUGAAGCAGUGGAAAAUGUGCUCAUUUUCUGUCCCCAUAUUUUCAUUCUUCUUUUCCAUGGUUGCCCACUUAUCACAGAUCGUUCAAGAGAAGCUCUGGAACAAUUAGCCUACCCCAACCAAAUGAAGCAAGUGACAUGGACUGUUUACUGAAUUUUUUUUAAACCUUUGUUUAAUAGAUGGUAAUUAACGUGUUCUGUAAUUUUCAUGCACUACCAACAGUUGCUCUGAACAUUUGUGACUAGGUAAUUAUAAAUUAAUUAUUUUUAUUUAACUUGCUGACCACAGUAUAGAAUUUAUCUUUAUGUGGAAUGUUGCAUUUAGUUGUAUGCAAUAUUGGUGUUACCAUUGCUUUGGUGUGAUGUACUGGUAAAAUAAAUUUGAAUCUACUUGAAA